AUAUAUAUAUAUAUAUAUAUAUAUAUACUUCGUUUCUAAUGGAGUCUGCUGUGAUUGAAAGAAAGGGAUCAGGGAAGCUAGGGUGGAGAGAGCAAACCCUAGCCUCCAUGUCUGUACCUCCUUCUCCUCUGAUUGCCCUAGUUGGGAUAGUCGUGUUGUUAUUGUACCUUUCGUCCUACUCAAAUUACAGGGCCCAGAUGUAUAAGACCCAAGCUAGUUUCAAUCUUUUUCUCUUGUUUUUGCCUAUGAUAUUGAUAUUCCUGGCCUACUACAUGACCAAGUAUGGGAGGUUUAUGAGUCCGUCGACGAAGGAGAAGGUGGUGAAUGCUCAGUCCGGCGCGUCGCCUUGGGGGGUUAGUUUGUUCCUGGGGCUCAUGCUGAUGUUGGUCUCCUAUCAGUCUUAUUUUCAGUCCAAGUGGUGGCCGCACUGGCGUGCUAUUUAGUUGGUUUAUUAUCAACCAGCUUUUUGAGUCUGUUUUUGUUAUAGAGCUAGUACAAGUAGUUUUGAGUUUACAACCUCUUCAUGUACUCUGAUUUUGGUAUUGUAGUAGUUCAUGGUGUUAUUAUUCGGUGAAAAAGUAAUGUGCAUGGAGUGUGUUAUUUGGAUUUC